GCCUCGCUCUCGCAUCUCACAUCUCCCGCUGGCCCCAGCCAUGUCGGCAGACCCGUCCUUUGUCCUGCACUAUGCCUCGACCGAUCGAUCCGUGUGGAAGAGUCACCCUGCCCGUGUCUUCGUUUUGGACUCCUCCUUCAACCCGCCGACGCUGGCACAUCUCCAGUAUAUCCGCACGGCCUGCUCUGGCAGCCUUGUCCUCGCCGCUGGCGACCCAAGCGACCCUGGUGCUAUCCGUACCCCCGUCCGCUGCGAGCCUUUCGAAUAUGCUGUUCUGCUCUUCACGGCGAACAAUGUCGACAAGCCCCACAUAUCGGGGGCGUCGGUCAGCGACCGCAUUGAUAUGCUCAAGGCCUCCGCGGCCCAGCUCUCGCGACACUUCCCAGCGACAAUAUUCAUCGUCGCAACGACUGCGUCAGGCCGAUUUAUCGACAAAUCCAAAAGCCUCCACCAAUUCUUCAGCUCGAUCAGUGCGCCGGCGGAAUCAGUGUCGCCGCGGCUGUUCUUUGCCAUGGGGGUCGAUACCCUCGUCCGCUUCGUCGACCCCAAAUACUAUCCACCAGGAUCGAUGCCUGUGCUGUUUCGCGAGUUCUUCAAGCAGAGCACCCUGAUUUACGCUCCGCGCGCAACUGAGUCCGUACCGGUCGCCCAUGCAUCUGGAUUCAACACCUCCCCGGUGUUCGAGCUGGCACGAUCUUGCGGAUUUGUGGAGACUGUCCUGGAGAUUGUCAACUGGGAUCCGCUCGCCACCACCAUCUCCAGCACCCGGGCCAGAGAGGCUUUUCAGCAGUACCAUCGACUUGCUUCUGAUGCAUCCGAAUCCAACACCAGUAUCGCUGAGCAGCUUCAAGCCGAGUUGACGCAUCUCAGAAAACUCGUUUCCCAGGAAAUACUUGAAUAUGUGCUUGCCAAGAGGCUUUAUUCGUCGUAGAGAGUGCGCGCAGACGAGUCAUCGGAGACAGAUAGCCCGUCGAGAACAAACGCACAAAUGCCUGGCUCGCCAUGUCCUGAGUGACUUGAGCGCAUCCGCAUCAAGUUCGGCGAGUCGAUUCAAGCGGGGAGGUAGUAUCGCCUCCUGG